AUGAGUGGCCCAGGAGCUUACCAAAACAUGCCGCACUCCGGAAGUCCAACGGGUCAUUACCAGCCAAGUGGUGGAUAUGGGCAGAUGGGUGGCCCUUACCCAGGCAAUUACCAGGGUCGUCCUGCUGAAGCCCAUUCGGGAUCCUAUGAUCCUAGGUAUCCAGGUAGAGAUCAGCACUAUGGGAGUGGAUACGAGCACGGAGGUCCUCCGCGAAUGACGGCCAUGGUAACCAACCGGGCGCCUAUGGCCAACAUGGCUACGAGCGUCGCGACGAGCAUAAUUAUGGUGCUGGGGGACCUGGUUAUGAGCAACGUGAGUAUGGCCAGCAUGACGGCAGGCCCUCUGGACAUGACCAACAAGGAUACGGUCAGCAUGGCAACAACCCCUCUGCGUACGAGCAACAUGGCAACAAUCCUCAAGGGUAUCAGCAGCAUGGCAACAGCUCUCACGGAUACGAGCAACGUCCAUAUGAUCAGCAUGGACACGGCCAACAUUGAUUUCACUCGUACAAGGUCCACUUAUGUCUCGCAGUACCUUGAUUCACCCAACGUCCGAACUGAUUAA